UUGAAUUCGAUAUUUUUAUAUGUUUUUUAUAUAUUUUGAAUUGCUACUUUUGUAACUUAUAGUACUUCUUACAUAAUUUUCAAAUAUAUAAGUUUUAUUUUAAAAAAUUAAAGAUUUUAAGUCCGAAUUCGUGAUCAAAAUUAAGAAACUUAACUCUCGAAAUCUAAACUGUACCACGUUGGAAAGAGUAGUAUUCAAUUUUGACCAUUGAAAUACGCAGUAAGAAAUUGAGCAAGAAAGAAAUUUUGAAUGUAGCAAAAAGCCAAAAAGAGGUGCCUUCUUUACUGUAGUAACCAGGGGAAAUAAUUUGGUAUCGUGUCCAAAAACCAAUCUUGAAGAUCAAAGACUGCAAAGGCUCGCUUUCCACCACACUUCUUCAUUCAAUUCACUUCAUUCCCCACUGUUCUCUUUCUGCAAUUCAAAAACAAAUACAGUGAGUAGCAAUUACUCUCAUUUACUACUGCCCCCUCCAAUACUCACUGCAUCGCAAUACAGUGUCACCGCAUGUUCUUCUUCACUACUCUUCCUCACAAAAAUAAAAUAAAAAGGGUAGUCCGGUGCACUACACUCCCGUUAUGUGCGGUUCGGAAAAGGGCGGACCACAAGAGUUUAUUAUAUGCGAUCUUACUCAGCAUUUCUGCAAGAGAUUAUUUCCACGGCUCGAACCCGUCAUCUCCUGAUCACGUAACAACAAUUUUACCAGUUACGUCAAGAAUGCCCUUCCUCAAAAAAAAGAAUCAUUUUUUUAAUUUAAUUACCUAGUUCCCUCUCUCUUCUUAUUUUUUUAAUAUUAUGUACAUAUAUAGGCUGGAACAUGGGCUAGAACUCUUUCGUCUUCUUAUCUCCACGGAUUUUCUGGUUGCUUGUUUUUUUUUAGAAUCCGAAAAUAAGUUGGUGAAUAUUUUCGUACUCGCAUUAUGAAGACUUUUGCUGGGUUCUCUGUUUUGCUCUUGGUGAUGGGGACAGCUUUGGUUUGCUCUGUUUCCUAUGGCAAGGGAGUCACUUCAUCCACUUCUGGAAUGUCCUUGACUUGGCAAGGAAAUGAGUUGACAACGAGGAUAAAAAGCAGAAAGCUACAGGGCAAUGGCUAUCGACCAAGAGCCGAUGACGAGGAGGGUGAAGCAGGGAAGAUAAAUCUGGAAGAUUACCGUCAUCCGAUGGAUCCAGUUCCAAGCUCAAAAGCUUAUGUAAGACCUGGUCCUAUACAGCACGGGACACCUCUCAUGCCUUAUAUUCCCAAGCAGCCUUCACCUCCUCCCAGUCGCUCCAAGCCUGUUGGGUUUCCAUAAGCUUGUCAUCGUACAAAUAAUGUUUACUGGUCACUUUUUGGUCAUGUUUUUUGAAAAAAAAAUUACUAUUCCGGAGUUCCAAAUUUCUCAAGUGAAGUUACAGGUUCCUAUCCUGCAGUUUUUUUGUGAAUUUUGGAACUUCAGUAUAAGGGUUAUUUUGCAAUUAUAAGGACUGAAAAGUGACUAUUUGUGAACUUUUCCUUGUUUUUAUCCCAGUAUCAUUCCCACGAAAUGGCUGUGCUUUAUGUUAGAAGAAUGUAAUAAGUUCGAAAGAACCAUGUCUCUUUAUUUGUUCUCUUUUGUUGUAACAAGUUAAUUUCGCUUGUGAGUUGGCAAUUGCAUAAUUGAUACCCCAUUUGUUUCCUUUUACGUGAUACUAUUAUUA